AUGGAACAUGGAUGCGAGAUAUCUAAAUCAUUAGUGUGGGACGCUCGUGAGUAUGCGAUUAGUCUGGUUAGAGGCAUUCCUGAGCAGAGUUUUGGAAAAUUUCCGAAAUACUUGCACAUGCUGAAAGAAGCUAAUCAAGGAACACACACCUUUUACGAAACCGAUGUUGAUGGUAAAUUCAGAUUUCUAUUUGUUUCAUUUUGGCAAUCAGUGAGAGGUUUUCAUACAUCCAUGCGAAAAGUUCUUGUUGUUGAUGGGACAUUUUUGAAGAGCAAAUACAAAGGAGUAUUACUUGUUGCGACGGCUUUAGAUGGAAACUCCAACUUGUAUCCUAUUGCAUUUGCGGUUGUGGACUCAGAAAAUGAUCGUUCUUGGGAUUGGUUUUUCAGACAACUAAAGGUUAUUGUUCCGGACGAGCGUGCUCUUGCGUUUGUGUCGGACAGAAAUAACACACUUUGUAAGGGGCUUGAGAAUGUGUAUCCUCUUUCUCAACAUGGAAUUUGGAUUCACCAUAUGUUAAAUAAUGUGGUCACACAUUACAGAGGAAAAGGAGUGGUUGGAUUGAUUGCAAAAGCUUCUAAAGCUUAUAGAAUUGUUGAUUUUCAGAAGCGAUUCGAAGCUGUGUGCAAUAUUAGUCCAGCUAUUGGAAAAUAUUUAACAGAUGCAGAUGUUACAAAGUGGGCUCGCUGUCAGUUUCAAGGAUACAUGUACGACAUCAGGACAACAAACCCGGCUGAGUCAAUAAACUCUGCUACGCGCUCACCAAGAGAGUAUCCAGUCAUUCCUUUGUUGGAUAGCAUCAGAGAAAUGCUUACCCGUUGGUUCUUCGAACGACGCACACGAAGCAGGAAGCACACAAAACCAUUAACUAUUGCCAUCGAGAAAAAGAUAGAUAGACGGAUUAACAAGGGUAAAACGUUUCUUGUCCAGCCAGUUAACGAGCAUCGUUUUUUGGUUCGCGGAGAUAUAAUCAACUGCCUGGUUGAUUUGGACAGAAGAACCUGCUCUUGUGGGAAAUACGACCUACUGAAAAUCCCAUGUAGACACGCAAUCAAGGCUGGUUUAACAGUUGGCCGAGCCCCAUCCUCACUAACGGAUUUCAUGUACACGACUUCCAAUUGGAGAACAACUUAUGAAGAAACUAUCAAUCCAAUAGGUGUUCCUGAGGAUAGUUGGGUGGUUCCAUAUACUGUUCGGAAUGCCAGUGUGCUAGCUCCUGAAUCAAGAAGAGGAGCAAGAAGGAGAAGAAAAUGCAGGUAUGAGACUGUUGAAGACAAGCUCCAUUCAUCGCAAGGAGCUCAAAAAAAAAAAUGA